GUCGCACGGCAGGUUGGUUCCGCAGACGGAGGAAGAGACUUGAGCUUUGUUUUUUUGUCUCACAUCCCGAUAUUCAAGCAUAUUUCGUAACCGCGGCAGUGAAUUAAUUGGCGUAAUUUAUUAUUAUUAUUAGAAGAGCGAGCUGCCUCUUGAAAAUGCUUCAGUCUCUCGCCAGUAAUUCGUGCGUGCGGUUGAUACAGAGUCACAAAACGACGUGGUAUUUCGUGUGUCUAGUUUUAGGAUAUAUUCUUUAUCUGGUGUUCGGCGCGGUCGUCUUUUCUUCGGUGGAGCUGCCUUAUGAAGACCUCCUCCGACAGGAGCUCAGGGCCCAUAAAAAACAGUUCCUCCAGGACAAUGAAUGCCUAUCCGAGGAGGGUCUGGAGCGUUUUUUGAAGAAAUCCCUCGAGGCAAGUAAUUACGGUGUUUCGGUGCUUCACAACGCUUCUGCCAAAUGGAACUGGGACUUCACCUCGUCGCUGUUUUUUGCUAGCACCGUGCUGUCCACCACAGGAUAUGGCCAUACCGCACCGCUCUCAGAUGGUGGUAAAGCCUUCUGCAUCAUCUACUCAGUGAUUGGUAUUCCUUUCACACUACUUUUCCUCACUGCUGUGGUGCAAAGGAUCAUGGUGUUCAGCACAUGGAGGCCAAUCACAUACAUCCAUACUCGCUGGGGCCUCUCCAAGCCACUGGUGGCCAUUGUGCAUGCCUUUCUGCUGGCCAUUUUGGCUGUUUCUUGCUUCUUCCUCAUCCCUGCUGCCAUCUUCUCAGCACUUGAGGAGAACUGGAACUUUCUGGAGUCCUUCUACUUUUGUUUCAUUUCCCUCAGCACCAUUGGCCUCGGAGACUACGUGCCCGGAGAGGCAGCUAAUCAGAAAUUCAGGGAAAUCUACAAAGUGGGCAUUACUGUUUAUCUAAUCCUGGGUCUGAUCGUUAUGUUGGUGGUGUUGGAAACCUUUUGUGAGCUGCAGCACCUGAAACAGCUGAGGAAGAUGUUCUACUUAAAGAAGGAGAAGCCACAGGACCGCCUAGCCAUUUUGGAGCAUGACCACCUGUCCUUCACUACGGUGUCCGACAGAGCCACAGCGCAAACUGAGGGCAAAAUUCUUGUUGGUGUUCCACCCUUGACAUAUCUAAAUGAAGAUCCCAUCAUCCAUUAAAUGCUGAGAAAAUAACUCUAUGAAGGAUAAAAAAAAAACGUAUGUGAAACUAGUGGGUAUUAUGCACAACAGUGUAAGUGCACAGAAUGAGUGGAUCACAAGCUGUCAUGUAGACAUUCUUCAAAGCACAUCCCUGAAAAUUGUAGUUAGUUUAGGCUAUUCAGUUUAGCAAAAUCACCUUCAUUUAAACAGUCAUUCCAGUUUUAAUACAGCACAAAGGCAGUCUGUUUACAUUAUCAGUGACUCUAAAGGCAAUCAUUGAUUAAACUUCAGUCCUGGUUUACUGAUGUAAAAUUUGCUGGAAUGACUAACAGGACCUAAUCUCUUUCAUGAGUUGUAGUGAUUACGGUAUAAAAUGCUGUUUACACAAUUUUAGAACAUUAUCGUUCUAUAAGUCCAUCUGAAAUACAUCAGAAUCCUCUGCAGUGUUCCAAAUCAUUGUACAUUGUAUGUGCUGUAUAUACCUCAUUAUUACUGAUUCUUAACAGAUAUCUGGAGUGCAUUAGAAGUUACAAUGCAUAUUUUAAGAAUAUUGGACCCGCUAAAGGUGUUGUCAGCGCACAGCCGCAUUCUUUUUUUUUUUUUUUUUCAGUUAACUCUGAUCUUUUGUGAAAUGAACAGCUGUGCUUCAUUGUUGCUUCAUCUGCAUGUGUCCUCUCAGAAGCUCAGUCUGAAGCAUUGGAGAGCCAUUAGAUAUGAUUGCAUGAGUAUUGUAAAAGUAAAAAACCAGUAGAGUACAAAACGAAAGCUCUCUGCCUGAUCUCAGCUCAGUUUUGAGCAUGCAUAGAACAUUUUGGCCGACAACAGCUGACAAGGAAUGCAUUUAGCGAAUGGGAAAAGGACUUUUGCAGGACAAAAAUGAACACAAAUAUCCAAAAUUUGUAUCAAUUCCUCGUGUUUCCUUGAUCCGUCAUGGUGUGACAGGCGCCUAAAGUAGACACAAAACAUACAAAGAACACAAUCAACUAAUUUUGGUUCAAAGAUUUUUUUUAAAUGUUAUUUUUGAGUUAUCAAGAAACUGGUUAUUUCUAAUGUAAUGUGACAAACAUUUGCUAUGGUACCUUUAUAUGUACUGUAAAUACUAAAGUAUGUCCUGACCAUUCGCAGUCUUUGAUAUGCAGAACAUUUGAAAUAAGUCUUGUGAUUGACAGGGACUGUAGAGAGAAAACAGUUCAAAGCACAGGAUUUGUUUGUGUGAAAGUACAAAAUGAGCUUUGUUAGUGCUACAAAAUUAUUAUUUUAUAGAAUUUACAGAUUUUACCAGCUUCUCUGUAAUUUGCACAUUGUUGCCCAUGUUCUCUUAUGAUUUGUAGCAUUCGUGACUCAUCUAAUGGUGUUGAAUAGUGUGGUUAGACUCCUUGCUGACACAGUUCUUUGUAAGGGAAAAGAUUUGUUUCCUGUGUAUAUGUAUUUUUUAACAUGUCGCAGUGCCGGGGUAGAGACAACAACAACAAAAACCCUUAAGCUAUUUCUGCAAAUCUCACUGACUAUUGAAACGUGCACCAAAUAAAACUCUUAAUUUUUUACACCUACGUUUAUUAGUUUCUCUGAAAGUAUAUAAUUUAAGGUUUCAACCAUAUUGUAAAUAAACUUUGAGGAAAACAACUAAUAAAUGUAGGUGUAACAAAUUGCGUUGAUUCAAGUUUAAUGUUCAGUUGGAUACAUUAUAUUGUAAAAGUGACUUGAAAAUAUAAUCAAAAAUAGUUUCAUUUUACAAAUGGUGAAUUGUUAUUUGGGACAGGAUUUCCCAACAUAUUGGGCAAAGAAAGAAAAAGUUUGAGAGCCACUGCAUGAAAGGCAGCUAUAACAACUUCUAAAACCAGGUACUUAGUUUGGAGUUUCUCUAAAGAAAGAGAGAGUUUAACAAAUGAGUUACUUUUAAUCUGUAUUGAAACAGACCAUAUUUACAGUACUGUACAAAUGUAAGCACAUUAAUUGCACCUAAAAGGUUAAAAAAAUAUUGAAAAGCUGCUGCUAAUAUUUAUAAAUACAUAGAUGAAAUGGGAGACCACUUCUUUAAAAAGAUACAAUUAACAUGAUCAAUAAAAAUAAAUUUCUUUUUGGUGAUCAGUUUUAGUUUUUAACAAAAUAGAGAUUGGGAUUUCAAAUCAUAUAGGCACUAUACUUGCAUAAAAAGAGAAAUGAAGUUUUUUUUAUUUUAAUGUGUUGUGGGUUGUGCUGGAACAUAUUUCUAAUUUACUAGAUUCUUUAAAAAAGUACUUUUUUUUUGUUGUUAUUAAAAUAUAGUGUUGUGUGGGCAUUUUUAUUUCCCCACAGCUGCUGGUUGGGGUGUCAAAUACUGUAGUCUGAUAGGAUAUCUUGGGUGCCUGAAUCUUUUACACAGCAAUGUCGAUGCUGCAGUUAGAGCGUCUGAUGCCGAAAGGCUUGAUAAAAGCUCUGCACCAGAACAGCAAAAGUUUUCAGUAGCACUUGACCGUAUUUAUAUCAUUUGAAUGGGGAAAAUGCACCCAUUUAAACAUAUGAAGGUAUGUUUUAUUAAUUUGAUAGUUGUAUGCUACAAAAUGGUACAUUAAGGAAAUACAACAAAGCUUGAGCAUCAGGAGAACAUGCCAGGUCUGAUCAUCCUGCAGGUCUGUUUUCUACUUGCAUAUUAAUAAAAGAUUAUGAAAAAUCUUCCGACAUACUGAUUUCAUAUUGUGUUUGAGACCAGCAGAAAUUGGUCCGUGCAGUAUAUUGCACUGCUGCAGAACCGUUAGUCAAGCAUUUAGGCGUAAGCUAUGUAUCUGUUGUUGAUUAAAAUGUUUCAACCUGGUGUGACCGGUUUUUGCUACUAUGUCAGGACCCAGCCUUUUUUUUUUUUUUUUUUUUUUUUUUUUGAAUAUAGUAUUUUUAUUUUUAUCACUUUGAGGGUAAGGGCCUGAAUGGAAUGCUUGCUCAUGUUUUUAAAUUGCAUAUUAGUACUGUUACCGUGUCUUUACAGUACUUCACACAAUUGACAGUCCUGUAUUUUCUGUUUUUAAACCAGUCUUGGCCUUGGUACAACCUUUGAAACUGUUUGCUCAAAAAAAUAGGGACUUUGUUUUUAACAAGCUAGAUUUAUUUAUCUGAUUUGCUCUUUAUGAAUAGUGGAAUGUACUGAAUAUAUCUGAAAACUUUGACCUUUUAUCAUGACUGCUGUUAUUUGUAGUGUUUGUUUUGUGUUUGUGUGAGUUGUUUGUCAUGGAAAGUAGUUUUUGUUUGUUUUUAAUUUGUUUUCUGGUCCUCCAUACAUUAUCAUCAUGGAGUGAAUAUUCAGUGAAGGAUUUCAAGUGCAAACCUGACAUAUUUUAUUUAUGUUCACAAUUUUAAAUAUACCUUUGCAGUCACUGCUGUCUGUACAUAGCUAUGUUUGCUUGAUGUCUUAAGUUCAAGUACGCAUUUUAGCAUUUAAAAUGUGACUGUCAAUAUUGUAAAACCAGACCGCUCUGGAGCAUCAGGGUAUGAAAUUAAUUUCAGUGUAACAGAAUGGAAUACAUGUAAAAUAGCUUCAAUAAAUAAAGUGGUGGUUCACUGGUGACUCUUCAUUUACUCAAAACUUUGGAGGUUUAUCAGUUU